UCUAUUGUGAAUGUAAACCUUUGCGAAGAAGAAGAGGAGUUAACUUGAAAUUUCCUAAAACAGCUGUUGAAUCUCCAAACAAAAUUUUUGUAUUACAAUGUCAAAUGAAAUAUAAAUAAGAAAAUUCUUUCGAAAUGGCUAGCUGGGCUAAAAAUCAGCCUUCCGGAAAUACUACGCGAAGAAAAUGGAAUUUAGAAGAUCGCACUUCGUUAAACAAUCUGAAGUAUCACAUAGCUGCGGAAGGUUGUUCCGAUGUACAAUAUGAUUUAGCCAAACAAUUACUGGAUAAAACAAUCGAACAAAAUGAAGCUACUUCAAGCCAACAAGCCAUACAUUGGUUACUACGCGCAGCACAACAAGGACACGAAGAUGCAACUAAACUACUGCGUCAAUGCUAUGAGGAAGGUUGUGGCAUUACCACCGAAAAUGAAACUGAGGUACGUUGUUGUCUCUCCAUGACAGCAGGUGAGCGUGCCGCACGUAAAGCCGCGCGCGAACUAUUCUCUUGUCUUGCCAAUGGCGGACAACACAUCACACCACGCCAACUUGAGCGUAAAAUGCGUGAAAUUUAUAAUCUCCAAAAAAAGCGACGUCAUCAUGGUUAUUCAACAUCAACGUCAGAAGAGGAGACCGAAGAUGAAUAUGCCAAUAGAAGACAUGAGCCUCUAACAGAUGCCGCUGGCAUUGGCAAUGGUCAUGUCAAUUUGCCCACACGUUCCAGACAACGACAACAUAGACGUCGUGUCACUUCAUACUCAAGUGAAAGAUCUGCGUCAUCAGUACGUAUUAUAACGGAGGAAAACUUAGUAUCAGCAGCAGUCAAUUAUGCUGCAGGUCGUAUGCCUGCUGUUAACGAUGACCUAACUAUAUCUGUACCUCACCCCGCUACAUUGGAUCACAUGCCAUGUUUCCAUCGGUUAUUAUUUCAUCCAAUACUCUUUUGUACUCUACUAUAUCACCGAUUGGUGAAUUUUAUAGCCUCUUUUCCAACAGUUUUAUCACCCACCGUGCGGAUGGCUUUACUUUUUGCUGUAUACUGGUUAGCCUCGAGUGAAAAUAUUACCGUCUAUUUACCAGUGGCAAUUUACUAUCUUUGUUUAGCCAUCAUGAUAUGCUCCACAUGUAAAAUGCUCAAGACAAAACAAGAUUUCAUCGACUUUCGCAUUUGGUCUGGCCUAUUCCUAAGUUACGGUGAUCACAACGUUGAAGCCACUAUCUCGGAAAAUCUGUUUUUAAAAAAUAAUCUCAAGCCUUAUCUGUAUUUCUUUUGCGCUUUCAUUGGCAAUUUGUUGGUAUCACCAUUAAUUGCAAACGGUUGGCUGGCCCAUUCAGAAUUAACCAUAGUUUCCUGCAUCUUUGGUCUCGCCUCACUUGUGAUGUUCAUGUAUUCGUCAGUGCGCAGAUUUCCCGAUUGGAUUGUGCUGGUGUCAUUCGGCGUAAAUGUGCUCGCAAAAUAUCCAUACGAAAUGGACGAUGUAGUGACAACAGGCUGGCGAUUUUUGGAUCUGAAAGUGCCCACAUUUUGCUCGUUUGUUAUUGGCAAUGGCAUUGAAUUUUGUUUGAAUUGUCGAACAGCAUUGUAUUUGCUAAUACCAGGAUUCCUGAUACAUCUAGCUGCACGCAAUAAUUGGCAUGGCAUCUACACACAUCUCAUUCCGCAUUGCGUCACUUUAAGUUGGCUACAACUAUGUAUUACAGCUUCACAAAGUGCCACAGUGUUCGGUAUGAUCAGAGCCACCCUAGGUCUAGCUGGUAUUCUGCUCUUCCUACCCUUAUUUGGAUUGGUUUCGUUGUUGAUACCCGUAUUUGUAAUUAUCGAUUGGAUGGGUUUCACCGAUCCCGGUGUACGUUUGGGCAGUACACUUGUAGCGGCCAUAUUUGUACUGCUCGGAUCAUGUUUUCUAGCCUUAAAGCGUACAACACAAAAAUACGUAACCAUCAUACAGGUAGUGCUCUGCAUCACAGCAGCCUGCAUACUUACAUUCCCCUACAUGACCGCAAAUUUUAAGGAUUCGCCACGCUUCAGCAAUAUUGUAGCACUCGAUAAAGAUGAGUCUGUAAUGAAUACCAUGGACAACACGGAAAAUGUUGAAGAGAGAAUGAACGCUAUACACAAACGCGAAAGCGAUGAAAUGCCACAAAUAUCCGGACACCUGAAUUGGCAACGUUUCUAUACACUUUGUGGUCAAGCAGCUAGCGAACAAAGCAAUAAGAUCAGGUCGCAAUUGCGUUGUGCACACUUGGAAGGUAUGGACGUGAUAUGGAUGGGUACCGUAACCCAAGUUCAUAUAAGUCGUGUGUCCAAUAUACGCGCUGAAUAUAUGAACAGAUAUUUGCCAACGUGGUUGAGUCGCCCGAUUAGCUGCAUUUACGGUUCAUACGUACGCGAGCAACUUCAAUGCGAUCCAGAAGAGAAGGAAAUAUUCUGCAGAGAUAUAGACAUCUUGCUAAAGCAUAGCGAAUUACAAAGUAAAUGUUCCUUGCAUCAGUGGAAUACGUACGAAUAUGAGAUACGUGUGCGCAUGCCAACACAGGGUUUGCUAAGCAAAAGCAUCGAUAUUGUGCUACAAGCUGGUCACAAAUUUGGUAAUUUCACUCGUGCCUUGAUGGUGGGUGAUCGUCUUCAGUUCUAUGGUACACUACAAAAUUAUCGACCAUCUUUGGCAAAUGGUAUGCGCGAACGUGAAGAUUUUAUUUUGGGUGGCUCACAUACGCGCAUACAAUUGUUGGCUGUUAAAUGUGUACAAUGCGGCGAUAAGACGCUAAAGACGGUAAGCGUGGAACGCAAGUCGCCACUAAAUGCUCGAAUGCGUGAUCUUAUGCGGGGUAUUAAGUAUCUUUUGAACGUUUUGUUUAACCCACUGAUAACAUUCAAAUAAUUUUAAUCAUUACCAUAUAACUAUACUUAUGUAUAUUCGUUGUGCUACCAUCAAAUAUUGCUCAAAUAUUUGAAUUACUUGCCCACUCGAACAUGAGUCAUGACAAAUGAAUUGUAAAAUUAAAACAUAUUGAAUUAAAAUAAAUAACAUGUGAAUAUGUACCUAAAAUAAUUGAUUAUACCGUAACAGAAAAAUUUCAUAUUUUUUUAAUAUAUAAAAAAGUCGCCUUCGCUCGUACUCUGUGGUUAAAAAAGUUGAGAUCAAUACCAGUAGCCGGCACUUAAGCUUAUUCAGUUCUUACUGUGUUGCUUUACUUUCGUGCUCACUUACGCAGUCACACUUCCUCUCACUCUCGGCAAGUGACCGACGCUUUGAAUCAUUAUCAACAAUUAAUGAGUCAUUCUCAGCCUCUGUGUGAAUCAACAUUCGCCUUGUACAUUUCAGUUGUUGCAGCGAGUUCGCGGAUGUUUAGUACUGUGCAAAUAUUCGGAAUAAAGCAAAAACAAAUUUGUAAAGAUUAUUGUUUAUAUUAUCCAUUGAUUAUUUCUAUAUAAAAUGGCUACUGCAGCAGAUAUCAAUGAUUAUGAAGUUAUUUAUAAAUUACAAGGAAGCGAACUCACCAAUGAGCAUACUCCACCACCAUUUUAUUUGAGUAAGCCGAUAAUACAAAAAUGCUACGCUCAUCAAGAUGUUGAGGAUAUUUCCAGUGAUGUACGUUUUCCAUAUUUCAAAUGCCCUCAAGCACGCUCCUAUCCAAUAGAUUUGAAUAAGGGAUUUGAGCAAUAUAUAUUCAGAAGAGAAGGAAAGCAUUCGGAGAUGCUUAAUGAUCUCCAAAAUUUUAUACUGGAAUCAAAAAAAAAUGUACUACAAUCGCACGACACAGAAAAUACUAGCCGAGCGGAUGGAUCAAAUCGAUCACAGCCACAGCAGAAAUCAACACGUAAAUUAGUUCUGAGCAAUCGUGGUUGUUUAUGCAACAUCAUGAUCAUCCCAUAUCGUAUGAAGGCAUCGGAAUAUAACAACAGUAAAUUUUUUGCUACACGGUAUGGUGGUGCUCUUUACAUCUCUGACUGCAAAUUGAGUUUUAGAACUUCAAAAAACGACACAUAUCAUAAUAAAUUUAUGCAAACUUGCUUUUCUGUGAUCGAGUAUUAUCUACAUAAUUGUGUGUAUGAGACCGGGGGAAACCCCCUUGCUAGUAAUUAUUUCUCUUUUCAACAUUUCGCCGUAAAAGAUCAAUGCCUUUAUAGUGACUACUAACGUACGAAUCGACGCUUCGAAUUUACAUAAGUAGUGAUUACUGAAAUUAAUUGAUGAUCCUGACCUGGACCCUAAUACCAAUGUACCUGUAAAUGAGAAUAAAUUUAUUCAUGGCAUUUUUCGUUCCACAAUCAAAGAAUUUGAUCUACUUUACUCUGCAGAAAUUGCGGGAAUAGUUUCAAAUCAUGUGAUCGACGAUAUUGAAGAUAUGGGAAACAUUAACAACUUGAAGUUCAUCAAUACAAAACUACUUUGGAAUUCUGGAUUUAUAAAUAUUUGGAAACAUCCAAAAAGCUUGCUCUGGUGGCUUCAAUCAUAUCUGUCAAACAGUUCAGAUAUUUGUGUUGGAUUGAAAGAUGCCGAUGGAUUCAUACGUAUGCCAGUACAGUUGAACCAAGUAAAAGAUCUUCCCAGAAAUCAAACGUGGAAACCACAUAUUUGCAUCCGAUUCUUGCUCACCAUGCUAAAAUUGAUUGAAACGACAAUGUCUUCAGUUAACUGUCCAUAUACUGUUUAUGAAUUUGCAUACGACUCAUUCACAACGUGUAUUAAAUUAAAAAAACACAUUGGUAAAACGGAGUACUCCUUCUUAAGUGAAGAAUACAUAGAACAUUGCAGAAAACAAACAUCAAUGUGAUGUCAAUUUGCACAAAAGUACUCAUUUUAUUAUUACUUAAAGGGUGCCAAAGUGAAAUCAAAUAUUUACCAGAAGUAAACAAGAAUAUCUGUUUUAUAUUUGUACUAUAUAAGUUUUAAUAAUAACAAUAAAUAAUAUUAUUUCACAUGAA